ACACAAACUCAAACACACAGCUGCGUUAACAACGCCCAUUUGCCUGAGAUUACCUCAACUCUGUUAUGCAAUACUCAAGCGCGAGCUGGACUUGGAACCAGACUGAACAAACCCUCGUUUCAUCACUGAGAAGAGUAGAGGCAACAGAAGAAGGGAGCAAUGAAUGUCCUCAAAGCUUCACACUGUCUUCUGGCUCUAUCCGUACUCUUCGCCACCGAUCUUCCUUCCGCUCUGGCCGGAAAGGUCCUUGUUUUUCCUGUGGACGGCAGCCACUGGGUCAACAUGAACAUACUGAUUGGUGUCCUUCACUCCAGCGGUCACGAGGUCACCGUGGUGCGAACCGCCAGCAGCUGGUACGUCAAAGAGGAUUCACCGCACUACACGGCCAUAACGGUGACCAUACCAGAGCCCAUUAACAUCGAGAAGCCAGAUUUCUUCAUCUCGUUCCUGAGCGAAAUGCUUGAGAUACAGAAACGUGGAGGAUCCCCGCUUGCGUUCGUGCAGUUCUAUCGGCAGAUGCUGACGAAUCUCUACGACAUGCAUCGUCAGGCAAGUCAGCUGGUUGUGAAGAUCUUCGAAAACCCGGUGUUGAUGAAACAGCUGUACGAGGGACGUUACGACGUGGUCCUUACCGACCCGGGUCUGCCGGUAGGUGUGCUGGUGGCUCAUAAACUCGGAUUACCCAUGGUGUACAAUGUGAGAUGGAUCACGAGUGGAGAAGGGCACUUUCUUGUCGCGCCUUCUCCGCCUUCAUACGUCCCAGCAGCAGGGAGCCACAUGUCAAGCCGCAUGCCGUUUGGACAAAGGGUCAAGAAUGUCUUCCAUUAUGUGCUGAACAUGUACAUAGACUGGUUCAUUGUUAGACCAGAAUAUGACAAACUAGUCGCACGCUACUUUGGACCCGAAACUGAUUUCUUCCACUUGCUGCAAGGUGCGGAUAUUUGGCUCAUGAGGACAGAUUUCAUCUUUGAGUUCCCGCGUCCAACCAUGCCCAACGUCAUCUACAUCGGAGGCUUCCAGUGCAAACCCUCCAAGCCAUUACCGCCAGACCUGGAGGAGUUUGUGAAAGGUUCAGGUGAACACGGUGUGGUUAUAAUGUCACUAGGUACACUCGUGAAAGCUCUUCCUAGUGAAAUCACGUCUGAAAUUGCUGCCGGAUUUGCUCAGCUUCCCCAGCGAGUCAUAUGGAGGCACUUAGGAGAACGUCCUCACAAUCUGGGCAACAACACUCUUCUAGUUAAGUGGCUUCCUCAGAACGACCUGCUUGGUCACCCUAAAACACGUGCGUUUGUUGCUCACGGUGGAACAAAUGGCAUUUACGAGUCUAUCUACCAUGGUGUUCCAGUGGUUGGGAUUCCCUUGCUUUUUGACCAGUUUGAGAAUAUGUUGCGUCUCCAGGUACGAGGGGCCGCGAAAGUACUUGACGCUACCAAACUGGACAGCCAGAGCUUUUUGGCGGCAGUCCAGGAAGUUUUACAUCAGCCGUCAUACAGGGAAAACAUGCAGCGACUGUCUAGGCUACACAAAGACCAGCCUACACAACCUCAGGAUAGCGCCCUCUAUUGGAUAGAGUAUGUAAUGCGGCACAAGGGGGCAGCACAUUUACGGACAGAGUCUUAUAAGAUGCCUUGGUACUCAUAUCACUCUCUAGACGUGAUGGCAUUUUUGCUAGCAGUGGUGCUGACAGUAGGGGGAGCUGUGAUUCUUACAAUACGCUAUUUGUGUUUGUGUCUGUGCAGGAGAAAGAAAUCAAAACUUGAGUAAAGCCUUGAUGAACAAUAAAUAAUAUUUGGUAACACUUACUAUGAAGCCUGUAUUUAUAAUGUUACUUAAGGCAUUAUAAUGCUUGUUUAAUCUCAUUCAUGUGUAUUUGUGGUUACAACAAGAGUAAGAUGUGUAACACACAGAUUAUAAUUCCUAUAAUAUAUUCAUAUUGGCAUUGCUUAAGAUCUACACAGUAUCUUAUUACAUUUUAUAUACAAGUAUAAUAUAAUUACGGUAUAAUAUAAAUAAAUGCUAUUGAACGAGUAUUAUAAUGUAUUAAAAAUGAGAAGAUGUGAGAAGAGUACAAAAUAUAUGCCUAUAUGCAUGCAUUAUGAAUACCCAUAUCAUGCAGGCUUCAUAAAAAGGAAAGUGUCACCCAGUUUUCUUUAUUGUUUUUUUAGGUUUACAGUUGUGUGACCAAGUUGCUGGGCAUUUUCAAACUUCACAAAUAGCUGUAAACUGAUAUACAACACCUGAAUAAAGUCUAGCAGGACAUGUAGGACAUUAUGAAUUUCAGAAUAAAUAGUCAUAAAGCGA